GUUGGACUAGAAGAAGAUGAUGGAAGACUCAACCAGAUUGCAUAUACAACUAGUGAAUUAAAGUCCAUGCUGGCUAAAUUUGCAACUAAAUCGCCGUCCCAUGUAUUAGUUGGUCAGGCAUCAAGUGCCCCAGUACCGACAAAAAAGAGUAGCGAGUGGAAAGUGCAAAGGAUGCCAUUCCAGGGUGGACCUAAGCCAAAAUGUAAAGGCUGCAGCAAGCGCGUUUUUAAGACUGGUGACCUUUGUGUUGCUGUCAUUGGGAAGUAUACUCCUAAGGAUAAGGACGGCAACCACUUUCAAGUUGACGCAACAUAUCGUUAUUGUCAUAAGUUGUGUUGUAUAGCAAAAUCAAGUUUGCCUGCUCCCAAAAGAAUCCUGCUUGACACUGACUUACAAUUAACGCCGGAAGAACUGGACUCGUUGCAAAAUUUACCUAUUGUUUCUACGUGA